GCCAUUAGUCUCCUUCAGCACAUCCCUCGGUAGCCCUAGGGUUUACUUUCCUUUCCGGCUUUCUCUUCCUUUCGAUUUUUCGUUUAAUUUCAGUCUCCUCCCCCCUUCCCCAAAAAAAAAGUCUACAAAGAGGAGGAAGAUCUUCACGCUUACUUUAAAAUUACAAAAUCUGGAAGCUGAGUUAAGUUUUUUUGUCAUUUCUGAAGGGACAGAUUUGGUGAACUUAUAUUUUAGGGUUUUUGGUUUUGGAGAAAAGGUUGCCUUUUUUCUCGUUGAAGACAGAUUUAGGGUUUGGUUUUUGGUGGAGAUUUGAAUUUGGAAUCCCGAACUUUGAUGCUUUUUUUAUUACUGCACCCUUCUGGAUAUCUAGAGAAAGUUGACACUGUUUCGCAAUCCCUUUUUUGCUGCAUAUUGUUGUGAAAAAUUUUCUAGCUGUUGCUUGAGUUUGAAUUUUAAGGUUUUGAGAUCGGCUGUUGAAGGUUUCGAAUGGUUCGACUUUGUGGGUGUCUGGGAAUUUGGGAUCACUUUGCUGUAGUUCACUGUGCAGUUUAGUUUUUUUUUUUUGAAAUGGACAAUUCGAAGAAUCGGCUUAAUGAUCAUCUAGGCGUGAACAAAAUUGGCAAGAAUAUAAAGAAGAGCCCAUUGCAUCAACCUAAUUUUGCUAAUAAUGCAGCUAGGCAGCAGCCUCAGCCCCAGGUUUACAAUAUUAGCAAAAAUGAUUUCCGGAAUGUUGUUCAGCAGCUCACCGGUUCGCCUCUGCAUGAUGAUCCUUUGCCAAGGCCCCCACAGAAUUCUCCCAAACCCCAAAGUAUGAGGUUGCAGAGAAUUAGGCCUCCACCAUUGACACCAAUCAAUCGGCCCCGUAUCCCUCCUCCGAUUCCAGCCCCUGCUCCUGCUCCUGCUCCUUCUCAUGCACCAGCGCUAGUUCCACCUCCCGUUUCUUAUAACGCUGGCUUUGUUAGACCUGGUCAAUAUGGACAACCAUUGCCCACAAUGUUGCAACCUGGAGAUGCUCUAUGGGCAAACACAGCUGAAUCUCCUAUAUCAGCUUAUAUGCGAUACCUUCAGACUUCUCUUAUAGAUCCAAGUCCAGUUGGAAAUCAAGGCCAUCCUCAACUACACCCUCCAGUUCCAGCGCAACCUAAUGCUCCACCACCAUCUUCCGGUUUGCUUCACAAUCCACCGAUGCCGGCAAUCCCUUCCCCGAGAGGAGUAAAUGGUCCACCAAUGAUGCCUAAUCUCCCUUCUCCACGAAUGAAUGGUCUCGUACCACCAAUGCCCAAUAUUCCAUCACCAAGGAUGAACGGGCCUGGUCUUUUACCUUCACCGACAUCUCAGUUCCUUUUGCCAUCACCUUCUGGCUAUAUGAAUUUGUUGUACCCCCGCACCCCUUACGGGUUGCUUUCUCCUGGGGUUCAAUUUCCUCCAUUGAGUCCCAAUUUUACUUUCUCCCCAUUGACUCAGCCAGGGAGUUUAGGUCCUGGGCCUCAACCCCCACCUUCUCCUGGUCUUAUGUUUCCAUUGUCUCCUGGCUUUUUCCCAUACCCAAGCCCAAGAUGGAGGGAUCAAUAAUCCAAGAUAUUUCAUUGUUGUUCACAUGAGUUCCAUACUCAUUGAGGAAUUUGGACCUUCUUCAUACUGGAUCAUCUCCUUCUCAUCCAAGUUCGGUCGGAAAGUAUAAUGUAUACUGCUCGUGUAAAUGUUUCUUUCUUUAUUUGUUGUCUCUUUUGUAAUGUCCAUACUCCAUAUCCAUUUCUCAAGUUGUUUGCACUUAGGCUACAUAACAGUUGCAAUGCUCUCUGUAUUCUUGGACAAGUUUUACAUAGGAAAUAGCGAUGAUUGGA